UCAGUUACCAAUCUUGAAGGCUAUGCUUUUGUGUAUGGUGAACACCAAAUACGUCAUGGCCGCCAUAACGUAGUCUUUUGUCUGAAUUUGCCGUCAAAUGUAAAGUGACCAAAAAACCCUGCGCGUUCUGUUUGUCCUUUGGAGAAAAUGGUUGUGUUGAGCAUCCUGCGGUCCGCGAGGACUGUUCUCCCGGUUCUAGCAAGACGGCCAGCACAAUUUGGACAGCUAUGCCCAGUGAGGAAGUCUUCCGAUCACCAUCACAUGGUGAUUACACCAUCAAGGUUUGCUUGGAACCUGUUCAAGGAUCACUUGCACUUCUAUAUUCUCCUGGGUGCCAUACCCUUGACCAUCAUUAUCACGUACAUCAACGUCGUCAUUGGGCCGCCGAGACUCACCGAAAUACCAGAAGGCUACGAACCCGAGUACUGGGAGUACUAUGACCACCCUAUCAAGCGGUUCUUUGCUAAAUACCUCAUGGACAACCCUCAGAUGAGGUACGAGAAGAAGAUGAACCUAUUGCAAAACGAGCACGAGAAAGUUCAGCUGAGAGAGAUUCAGCAGAAAGUCGAAAAAUUGAUUCAGGAGCGCGGUGAUUUCCAGGCAUGGUACUACAUCCCGUACGACAGCAAGUACACCAAGAAGUACCAGAAGCAAACUAAGACUGACGACUUCUACACCAAGACAAUUUAGUUGCCGAAUAUUUCUUAUCGGUGCAAUCUCCCCAAGAGGAAAGGAACGGCAUGUACAGUAGAGAAAAAUAAAAACAAA